GGACCUAAUCGUUAUUCAAUUCGCCUACCUAAAUUUUUUAUAUCGAUGGAUCUCUUUCGCAGAGAAAAUCUGUUGACCCUACCAGACGAGAUGACGGAAAUAAUAUUAGAUAAUUUAAAAAUCAAGGACAUACAAAAUCUCUCUCGUGUAUGUCGAGCUCUCCGUCGGGUAACUAAACUUUACCACUUCGGUGUGGCUUACCCUGUCUGGAAGGAUACAACCAUCGAAUUAGAAAGUGUUGAUGGUAAUCUGCCAAUUUCAAAUUAUCGAGAUGGUGUCUUCAUCGAAGGCAAAUUUUAUAUUGCCAUUCUUGAGGAAGGCGCACCUGUGUGUUGGAUUCUCGAUUUUGCCCCGAAACCGAGAUGGAAAAAAGUGCCCAUAUUAAUUGACAUGGAACCCGAUCAAUUUCACCCGGUGAAAUCGACGUCCGGAGCUGCCAUAAAGUAUGACAUUUACAUGUUUGGCGGAGAGAGUCUUCUCACGGGUCUACCAACCAAAAACAUGUACAAGCUAAACAUAAAAACCAUGAAACUAUCUAAACUACCCGAAAGUGGUGCGCUUCCUGCCCCAAGAUUUAUGCAUUCACUCAACGCUGUCGGUCUUCAUCACUUGAUCCUUUUCGGGGGACGAUGUUUAAUAGAUAACGGUGAAUUAUAUGACACAAAAGAUUUUUCUGUUUAUGAUAUUUAUAAGAACACUUGGAUCGUGCACGCAUCGAGAUCAAACAUCCCCUACUCUCGUUCCCUUCAUACGUCAACUGUAAUAUGCGGCAAACUGUUCAUUUAUGGUGGUCAGCAUAUUUCCUGUCACUCACCAAAUUCGUCGAUCCACGAUGACGAAGAUGUCUGGGAAUACGAUUUCUUGAAAAAUGAGUGGCAUAGAUAUCUUGCCCCAACAUCAUCGUCUUUUUUACUUCCGAAAGAAUGGUUCUCGACCGCAGGGAUCGGUCCGGGAAAAAGAUGUGGUUCUGCUAUCUUUCCUUUACGUCGCAAAAUCGUUGUAUUAGGCGGCUCUGCGAAGAAUUUUGCGAUUGACAAUCACUUAGAACACAUGACUGUAUUUUGUCCGGUAAGAAAGACGUGGACGCGCAUACUGGUUCAAGGAAUGCCACGUCUAGAAUGUAUUGCGACAAAGGUUAAUCGUAUGGGUGAUCGGACUAAUGUUUUCGUAAUCGGGAAGAACGUUGAAGGCAAAUUCGUUACUGGAUGGAUUUUCGAUUAA